GACCAAACCACACCUCGGCACAGUGGUUCGAUACAACUGCUUCAUGGGCUACCGCUUCUGUCUUCUAUCACGUCCUCAGUCACGCUUUGAAUAGCUGUGAAUCUGACAGUUGGCAGUAUCGAGUAGAUUUCUACUGAGCAGUGAAAAUGAGCGGAAGAGGCAAAGGAGGAAAAGGACUCGGUAAAGGAGGCGCUAAGCGUCACCGUAAAGUUCUCCGUGAUAACAUCCAGGGCAUCACCAAGCCCGCUAUCCGCCGCCUGGCUCGUCGUGGCGGUGUCAAGCGUAUCUCCGGCCUGAUCUACGAGGAGACCCGCGGUGUGUUGAAGGUUUUCCUGGAGAACGUUAUCCGUGACGCCGUCACCUACACCGAGCACGCCAAGAGAAAGACUGUGACCGCCAUGGACGUGGUGUAUGCUCUGAAGAGACAGGGCCGCACUCUGUACGGCUUCGGUGGUUAAACUUACAUACUAUCAACCACGUAAAAUUACAACGGCUCUUUUAAGAGCCAAACACUCAGUCGGAAAGAGCUCACAUUCUCUCAUCUUAUGUGAAAGUGAUGAAAUUGUUUUUUUAUGUGUGUUAAUUAUAUUUUAUGAUAUUUCACAUGAAAUAACUAUAGCUCUUUCCACAACAACACACGCAGGUCGGUUCCUUCUUUUAAAUUCUUGCCUUCCACGUCUUCACGCCGUGAGACCUGUAUUUGAACAAUAUCAUAUACAAACAACUUAAAGAUGACAUGAAAAAAUAACUAAUAACUUAUAAAAUACCUCGUU